AAGAAAAAAUUCCGAGUCCCUUCCGCGUUCGGGUCGCGAUCGCCGAAGAACCCUCGCACGACAAAAUUGCAUCUCCUCUCCUCCCCUCCUCUUCCCGAGCUCCGGGCACGCCUCCUCUUUCCGAACUCCGGGCACGCCGCGCCACGCGACAAUCAGGAUAUCUAUUUCGAUAUAUGGACAAGGUGUCUGAAGAUACUCAGUGAGAUGGAUAAGAAGAAAGCAUUCGAUGACACUGAACCAGGACCAGCUCCUUCUCGUGCCGUCGACAGAUUUGGUUUUAUAAAGCCAGAACAAAGCAACUCACCUGAUGGAAUUCCAAAAGGAAAAUCUAUACAUGAACGUGAAAGGGAGGAAAGAAGGAUAAGAAAAUGGAGGAAGAUGAUAGGUGUUGGUGGUAGUGACUGGAAGCAUUAUGUUAGAAGGAACCCUCAUGUGGUUAAAAGGCGAAUAAGGAAAGGAAUUCCUGAUUGUCUCAGAGGACUUGUUUGGCAGUUGAUUUCAGGCAGUCGGGACCUCUUACUAAUGAACCCUGGGGUUUAUGAGACACUGGUGAUAUAUGAGACAUCAGCUUCUGAAUUGGAAAUUAUUCGUGACAUAUCACGCACAUUUCCAUCUCAUAUAUUCUUCCAACAAAGGCAUGGUCCAGGCCAAAGAUCCUUGUAUAACAUUUUGAAAGCAUAUUCUGUCUAUGACAGGGAUGUUGGAUAUGUGCAGGGAAUGGGAUUUAUAGCUGGGCUGCUGCUUCUUUAUAUGAGUGAGGAGGAUGCAUUCUGGUUAUUAGUCGCAUUGCUGAAGGGAGCUGUCCAUGCACCAAUGGAAGGCUUGUAUCAGGCUGGUUUGCCGCUCGUGCAGCAAUAUCUGUCUCAGUUUGAGAAAUUAGUUAUUGAGCUCAUGCCAAAAUUGGGACAACACUUUGUUGAAGAAAUGAUAAACCCAAGCAUGUAUGCAAGCCAAUGGUUUAUCACAGUUUUCACAUAUUCCUUCCCAUUUCAUCUAACUCUUAGAGUUUGGGAUGUGUUUCUUUAUGAGGGUAUUAAGGUUGUAUUCCAAGUUGGAUUGGCUCUAUUGAGAUUCUGUCAUGAUGAUUUGGUCAAAUUACCUUUUGAGAAACUGCUACAUUCAUUGAGAAAUUUCCCUGAGGAGGCAACAGAUCCAGAUGUAUUAUUGCCACUUGCCUUCUCAUUUAAGGUAUCGACUCGUCUUGAGGAGCUUCAUAAGGAGUAUCAGAAUCCAGGGGCAGGCACCAGUGAAACUUCAAGUAGCAAGCGGCUUCAGCCCCUCAUAGCAAAAACAAUGAGCAGGGUUGGCAGCCGUGUGGUGUCAAACUUAACUGCAGUGUCAAACUUAACUGCUGACAGAAAAUGACAGACAUGUUCUCUUGUUAAACGAGCCACACCUUGUUGUAACUUCCAUGUACAUUGUAUAGAAAGAAAGGCCUUUAUUCCCAUGCUUCGUUCUUUGUUUUUGUUACCAUUACAUUGCUUUUAUAAACCAAAGUGGUAGAACCGCCCGUCGAACUAGGUGGGGCAUGGGGGUUCCUGAUGUACUCAUUUCUGAAGAACUGUAAAUACUUGUGGAUCAAUGCAAUGAAGUGAUGUUCCAAUGCUUUAUUUGUGAGAA